CUUUGUUGUUGUUGGAGUACUAUUACUAAGUUGAUGUAACUAUUGAACAUGUAAACAUCCAGUCAGGUUUGGGUCCGUGAUCUGUUGUAGAAGGGAUAUUAAAUCAUGUUUUAUCAGAGACUCAGCUCCACAACAGGACUGAAUCAGGUUUACAGGGCAGAAUGGGAACUCAGCCCCACAACAGGACUGAAUCAGGUUUACAGGGCAGAAUGGGAACUCAGCCCCACUACAGGACUGCAUCAGGUUUACAGGGCAGAAUGGGAACUCAGCCCCACAACAGGACUGAAUCAGAUUUACAGGGCAGAGUGUGAACUCAGCCCCACAACAGGACUGAAUCAGGUUUACAGGGCAGAGUGUGAACUCAGCCCCACAACAGGACUGAAUCAGGUUUACAGGGCAGAGUGUGAACUCAGCCCCACUACAGGACUGAAUCAGGUUUACAGGGCAGAGUGUGAACUCAGCUCCACAACAGGACUGGGUCAGGUUAACAGGGCAGAGUGUGAACUCAGCCCCACAACAGGACUGAAUCAGAUUUACAGGGCAGAGUGUGAACUCAGCCCCACAACAGGACUGAAUCAGGUUUACAGGGCAGAGUGUGAACUCAGCCCCACUACAGGACUGAAUCAGGUUUACAGGGCAGAGUGUGAACUCAGCUCCACAACAGGACUGGGUCAGGUUAACAGGGCAGAGUGUGAACUCAGCCCCACCACAGGACUGAAUCAGGUUUACAGGGCAGAGUGUGAACUCAGCUCCACAACAGGACUGAAUCAGGUUAACAGGGCAGAGUGUGAACUCAGCCUCACCACAGGACUGAAUCAGGUUUACAGGGCAGAGUGUGAACUCAGCCCCACUACAGGACUGAAUCAGGUUUACAGGGCAGAAUGGGAACUCAGCCCCACCACAGGACUGAAUCAGGUUUACAGGGCAGAAUGGGAACUCAGCCCCACUACAGGACUGCAUCAGGUUUACAGGGCAGAGUGUGAACUCAGCCCCACUACAGGACUGCAUCAGGUUUACAGGGCAGAGUGUGAACUCAGCUCCACAACAGGACUGAAUCAGGUUUACAGGGCAGAGUGUGAACUCGGCCCCACCACAGGACUGAAUCAGGUUUACAGGGCAGAGUGUGAACUCAGCCCCACAACAGGACUGCAUCAGGUUUACAGGGCAGAAUGGGUUCUGUGUGUCAGGAGGUCAGUCUGCUGAGCUGAACUAAGUCAACUAAGAACAAUCUUUACAUAUUUCAUCACCAUGCCUGGUGUCACUGUCUACCAUCUCAGCUUGAUGACCUGACUGUCCUGCGGCCCAUUAAACCUGACUGUCCUGCGGCCCAUUAAACCUGACUGUCCUGCGGCCCAUUAAACCUGACUGUCCUGCGGCCCAUUAAACCUGACUGUCCUGCGGCCCAUUAAGCCCGACUGUCCUGCGGCCCAUUAAACCUGACUGUCCUGCGGACCAUUAAACCUGACUGUCCUGUGGCCCAUUAAGCCCGACUGUCCUGUGGCCCAUUAAGCCCGACUGUCCUGCGGCCCAUUAAGCCCGACUGUCCUGUGGCCCAUUAAGCCCGACUGUCCUGUGGCCCAUUAAACCCGACUGUCCUGUGGCCCAUUAAGCCUGACUCUCGUCUCUCUCCUUGGUUCUUGU